ACGCUGCGCUCGACGGUGCCGACGACCUCCCGCCGCCGCUGGAUGCAGCCUCCUCGCCCGCCCCCCGCCGCCGCACGCUGGACGCCCUCCCACUCCCUGUGCGACCACCAUGCAGAGACCCGCCCGCCAAGACACCUUUGACCUCCGCGAUCAGAUUAUCCCCGACGACCACAACAGCCAGAUGAUGGACCACGCCUAUCCCUCCGACGAGGAGCACUCCGUCCUCGAGGACGACUCCGACACCGACGACCGCGGCUUCAUGGACGACGAAGACGACGACGGCUCCUCGUCUCUCUCCAUUCCCAAUGAGUCCAUCGACUUUGACUUGGUCUAUGCCUUGCACUCAUUCGCCGCCACCGUCGAGGGCCAGGCCAACGUCGUCAAGGGCGACAGCCUCUUCCUCAUGGACGACAGCAACAGCUACUGGUGGCUCGUCAGGGUCCUCAAGACCCAGGAGGUCGGCUAUAUCCCUGCAGAAAACAUCGAGACUCCCUUCGAGCGGCUCGCCCGCCUCAACAAGCACCGCAAUGUGGAUCUGGCAUCCGCGACCCACGCCGAGCUCGAGGAAACACGCGACCGCCUCCUCGAGAAUGUCUCUCGUGGCGCUGCAUCCCCGUCGCCUACCCCCGCCGGUGCACGCAGCUCUCGCCAUGCCAGAGGCGUUGCGUUCACGGCCGCCUUCUCCGUACAUCGCUAUCCGCCGGCCGUCUGGGGAGACGAGGAGGACGAAGAGGAGGACAUCGAAUGGGACGACGAAGGCUACGAGGACGAAGACCCCGAGUUGGCCGAGGAGCAGGAGGAACGCGAACGCGCCGUCAUGGCAGCGAGCAGUGGUCCGCGCGGUAUGCCGCCCAUGGAGCCGGACGACGGCAUGAGCUGGGAGGAUGGCGCUGUCGAACAAAUGCAAGCUAGGGAGCGGGAGGCUGCCGCUGCAGCAGAAGCCGAACGCUUGCGCCAGCAGCAACAGCAGGAGCAGGAGCUGCGAGAACAGCAACAACACGCCGCCCAGUCACUCCGCAAGCAGCCGUCUCGCGAGCAGAUGCAGCUCCAGUCCGGUGGUGUAGAGGUCAUACCAAACUCGCCAACGAAGCCGAUGGAUCCGGCGCAUGUCACGGAGACCCGCAAGCUCACCAUGACGCCGCCCGUUGCGCGUGUCGACGACGUCCGCAUGGGCCAGGAUGAGCGCAAGCGUACGCGCGAGGAAGAAGAGGAGGCUGCGCGCAAGAAGUCCAAUUCCGUGGACGCUGAGCGCGCCAAAGCGGGGCUUGGCCCCAGCGCAGGCGUGCGCCCCCCGGCAGGCGGUGGCAAGCUGCGCAAGGAGCGCGACUCAACCGACGACGAGAGCGUACGGGAAAAGGACAAGAAGAAAAAGAGCGGAGGCAUGUUCGGCGGGAUCUUCGGCCGCAAGAAAGACAAGGACAAGGGGAAAGACAAAGGCGUGGACAGCAGCAGCGUUGCCAGCGCAGGCAGCGACAGGGACCUCAGUCGCGAGUCAGAGGAGUCUGGCAAGUCGUCCAAAGAUCCCCAUUCCGCUGCGACGCCCGAGCCGUCGUCGCCAGUCACAGCUAUGGCAAGACAACAGCAGCAGCAGGGUGGCUACAGGGCGUCUCCUGUCGGACAACCAGCCCAGCUGCCUCCUCAGCAGGGCCCACAGACUCCACCGCAAGCCGCGAUGGCGAGCAUCUCACAGCAUGCUUCACAACUGCGACAGCGCGACCAGCAGCAGCAGGCGCUAUAUCAGCAGUACCUCAAUCGUUCGCCAUCCACGCCCCCCGAGGCUCAGCCAUCGUACGGCUUGCAGUCCGCGUCUGCGGUCCUCCAGGGAUCAGCGUCAUUCGCCUCCUCUACCAGUUCUGCCUCCGGACUUACGGUGGGCGCCCCUCGCCCGCGGCCCGGAUCCCUGGUACUGUCUCCUAGCGGCGGUAUGGACGGUCUGCUUCCCGAUCUCAGCGUCGUCCGCGUGUUUGCCGGAAGUCAUCUGCAGACGGAGGCUACGUUCAAGACGGUUCUACUCAACGCAUCCACAACCGCCCAGGACCUCGUACGCCAAUCUAUACAGCGCUUCCGGUUGCCGGCGGGCGAGGACGAGAAGGACUACUACCUCACGAUCAAGCAAGUGGAAGGAUCGUCCGCAGACUUGCUCCCUCAUGAGAGGCCCCUUGGCGUCUUCGAAUCACUCGUUGAGGCGGCCUUGGAGCUCCCGAAGGUGAAAAGGAGCAGCGUUGGUAGUAUCAGUUCGGUCGCUAGCAAUCUGUCGAUGCACCCCGCCAUCAAGAAGCUGUCCAUGAACGACUUCACCGAUGAUUCUGCGGUGAAGUUUUAUCUCAACCGCAAGGGAGGCGAGCACGACCAGAGCAUGGAAGGGGAAGGCGAUGAGACGUUACUCGCCGAGAGCGUACAGGGAGAAGAUCCUGAGUCCCCCAGAACGAAAUCACAGUACCUCACGGUUACCACCACCAGUCCGACGAACGUUGUCACGGCGGAACGAUUCAGCUCACCGUCAUAUAGGUUCCCCUUGCAACUGGUGAUUUAUCCGGACGAUCUCCCUGAUGACAUGGUGUUCGACCCACAAACAGAGGCUAUCGUCUUCAAAAACACUCUACGUGAUCGUCCUCAGGUAGCACCGUCUCCAGGAGUCCCGCAGAAUAUGCGCAAGAAAGUGUUCGUGCUCCCAAGGAACGUCACUGUCGCAGAAGUUAUCGAGAUUGGGUUAGAGCGCUUCGGUAUACUGGAAGGCGUCGUCGAUGGCGGUGACGAGAUUGAGGACAAAGCGACCAAGCGCAGAAGUUCGUCGCGGGUUCGCUACGGCUUGAAUGUCGACGUGGGUGGCAAAGAACGCGAGUUGCCCCCGUCAAGUAAGGUCAUCGACUCCUUCCCGCGUCCACCGACGUAUCGUGCUAUGCAGUUCAGUAAGCGCCGCUCUGUGGACUCUGCACAACUCCUUGGAAACCCCGACGACGUCUCGCCAGAUGAUCCUAUCUUUGUUUUGCGCCGUGCGGUAGCGUACCGCGCAACGUCUCGCCACAGACUGUCUGCUCCUUUGGACGAAAUCGCUCUCCAACGCAUGCAGCGAAACUCUGCAGCGAGCUCAAGUGCAGGGUCAGAUUCCACAGUAGGCCCAGCUGAAGACACCAAGUCACAGACCUCACAGACGUCGAAACAGGCUAUCAUUGCAGCCCAACGCGCUGCUACACGUGCCAGCCAGCGUGCAACCUUGUCAGCCCAGGCGAACGAGGCACGAGGUUUGGAUGUUGCGCUUCCUGGCGGAGCUAUGGUCCGCAGUCUGCGAGGCGAAGUUGACAACAGGAUGCGCUACUCCUAUGUCGAGCCUGAUGGUGAGACAUACGACAUCAGCAAUAUCGUUGAGGAGGAGUGGAGAGGCGAGGUAGGACCGUCUACGAGGACUGACACCACAGCAGAUGAUCUGUUGCAUGGUGUCCUCGCCCGGGGCAAGGAUGGGCUCGGAGCGAAGCUUGACCGCGUCUUGAGCAAGAUCAAACACGAGAAAGACGCUGCUCGCGUAGCGAUCUCGCAAAUGGGCUCAGACACACGGGCGGAUUCUCGUGGUGCUGCCAGGUCUCAGUCGCCGUCGCCGUACUCCACGGCAGAUGGACGGUCAUCUUCGCGGGCGGCGACGGCCACACCGACUGCGAGUGGGAGGGCUUCCGCAGGUCAACGUGUCCCAUCGUCUAUGUCGCGAAUGUCGAGCUACAGAACGGCCAGUCCUGGUGAGUCUUCGGACAGCCACGGCAAGAGGAGUGUCACCCCCAAUGCGAACCAACGGCGGCCUCUACUCCACGAGCGGCAAGGUUCCGCUCUCUCGGAGGCAUCAGCAUAUCGAACGGCGACACCUACCUCGCCUCCUGUGGCUUCUGCUGGUCGAUACCAAACGCCUAUGCCGACCCCGCGCCUUGUGCUGCCCAAGGACGACUUCGGGCUCUCGCAGAUGAUGGCCGUCAUCGAGCUCAGAGCAUCUCAGCAGAACAAGCUGCCAGAGCUUACCCCGCAGGAUCGGGUCGACGAACUGCUCUUCGGCAAGCAUCAUGAUGUGAACGCCUUGCAUAGAGAUAUUCGAGAUAUCUAUUCGAGCACCUUCCAGCAAUUGGAAGAGAUGGAUCAAACUCUUGAGCAACUACUCCAUCUUGCUCUACCUACUCAUAGAUAGUCGUGGCACAUGUGCUGAUCCACCGCUCUCGUCCUUCCUUGUUUCAUCUCCCCUUGUCAUUUGUUUUAACAGUAUUUAUUCUACCUUAGGCUGUACGCUCUCAUCAUAGUUGUUCGCAUCUGGUUGACUAGAACAACGAUACCCGAACGUCCUUCGUUUGACCCAGUAUCCUACUGAAAGUCGAUAUAUCAGUCUUCAUGCAGUGAUGCGCGAU